CAGCUGGACGCCAUUUUACCUCAGACACCGACCGGAAGACAACAAGAGACGAUCUGUGUCCUCACGGAGACGGAAAGAGACAGAGAGGGACAGAAAGAGAGACAGAGACAGAGAGAGACAGUGACAGAAAGAGAGAGAGAGAGAGAGAGAGAGAGACAGAGACAGAUAGAGAGAAAGAGACAGAAAGAGAGAGAGACAGAGAGAGAGAGACAGACAGACAGAAACAGAGAGAGAGACAGAAAGAAAUAUAAAAGAGACAAAGAAAUGCUGCUGUCCUCCUAUUUGACUCUCUGCAUUCUGCUCAGCUGCUCGAUUCUCAUUGAAAGUUCAGUGUUCUUGGAGCGGCCAGCAGCGGGUCAGAUCCUGGGCGUGGCGUCCCGGAGGCGCCGAGCCAACUCCUUCUUCCUGGAGGAGAUGUUGCCCGGAGACCUGGAGCGGGAAUGUAACGAAGAGCGCUGCUCGCAGGAAGAGGCCGCCGAGAUCUUCCGGACCGCCGAGAAGACGAUGGAGUUCUGGUACAAAUACACAAAUCUGGACCCGUGUCGGACCAACCCCUGUCAGAACCGAGGCAUGUGCACUCUGGACCGCGGACACUUCCUGUGUCUCUGUUCCCCGCAGUACCGCGGCAAGACCUGCGAAUCAGAGGUGUUGGAGUGUCACUACAAAAACGGCGGCUGUAUGCAGUACUGCUCCGACCUGCCAGGGGGCGCUGGAGUUCAGUGUGGCUGCGCUGACGGAUUCAAACUGGACCCUGACGGACGCAGCUGCUCCCCGACCGCGGCGUUCCCCUGCGGCCGUCAGCAGUUAGAUCUGUCAUCGUACCGAAGUCGCUCUGACCGAGAGACGGACACCAUGUUGGAUGCCAGCAGCACCGACAGCUGGGCGGCGAUCCUGCAGAACGCAACGGAGACGGAGGACGAGCUGGCGGCGAAUCAAACAUCAGGACGGAGCGACAACGGGACAGUGGGGAUGACGCCUCGUAUCGUGGGGGGGGUCCUGGAUAAACCGGGGGGGAGUCCCUGGCAGGUUCUGCUCCGCAGGUCUGAUGGUUAUGGUUUCUGUGGAGGAACUCUGGUUUCCGAUCGCUGGGUCAUCUCUGCUGCUCACUGCCUCGAGGAGACUAUAGAUCAUGUGACUAUAGGUGAUUAUGAUAAGCACCGUCCUGAUCCAGGUGAACAGCUGAUUAAAGUCCAGAAGGUUUUCGUCCAUCCUCACUUCCACUCCUUCACCUUUGACAGCGACAUCGCUCUGCUGUUCCUGGCCCAGCCCGUUGCCCGGGGCAACACUGCCAUCCCUGCCUGCCUGCCUGACCAACACCUCUCCACUUACCUGCUGCAGGCGGGAAACCGUGGCGUGGUGACGGGCUGGGGGCUCACGCAACACCUGGGUCGGUCUUCGCGCUUCCUCAGGAAGGUGACGCUUCCUGUCGUCAGCUACCCAGAAUGCAUUGCUUCCACUGAACAGGUGAUAACAGACAACAUGUUCUGUGCCGGGUACCUGUCUGUCUCUCAGGACGCCUGCAGCGGAGACAGCGGUGGUCCAUUCCUGGUCAACUACCGAGGAACCUGGUUCCUGACCGGCGUGGUCAGCUGGGGGGAGAAGUGCGCCGCUGUCGGCAAGUUCGGGGUUUAUACCCGCCUGGGCAACUUCCUGUCCUGGAUCAGAGACACCAUGAACCCACGGGGGCUCAGAGACACUGUGGCUCCACGGGGGUUCAGAGACACCGUAGAUCCACCAGAGCUCAGAGACACCAUAGACACACCAGAGCUCAGAGACACCGUAGACCCACCAGAGCUCAGAGACACCGUAGACACACCAGAGCUCAGAGACAACGUAGACCCACCAGAGCUCAGAGAUCCCGUAGACCCACCAGAGCUCAGAGACACCGUAGACCCAACAGAGCUCAGAGACACCCUAGACGCACCAGAGCUCAGAGACACCAUAGACCCACCAGAGCUCAGAGACACCAUAGACCCACCAGAGCUCAGAGACACCGUAGACCCACCAGAGCUCAGAGACACCGUAGACCCACCAAACCUUAAAGGGACAGAGAGCCGAGACACAGGAACAAUCAGACCGGAGCUCAGAGACACCGUGGAUCUUUAUGUCUGACAAAAAAUUGACAACAGCAACACAACAGUGGAAAAGUGGCAGAAACAUUUAAAAAAGCAACAAAAAUGUUAAAAAAAGUGACAAAUGAAGUUGAUCGUGUUGACCUUAUGUGUGGAGAACAACACUACGGCGGCACCAACACAACACCACGUAGAGCUGGCACACAACGCCGAAAAAAGACACAAACAUUGAAGAAAGUGACAUAAACGUCACAUGUUCUGUUCAGUUUACCUUCAUUCAUUGUUUUUUUUUUUAACUUUUUGUUGCUUUUCGAUCUUUUUUUGUCACCUCAUUUAUACAACCUUUCUGCUUUUUAUUCCUGACAUUUUUAACCAUGGACAGACCGGACAAAGACCACCUACUGGACAUACAGGAGACAUAGACCACUUACAGGACAUACAGGAGACAUAGACCACCUACAGGACAUACAGGAGACAUAGACCACUUACAGGAUGUACAGGAGACAAAGACCACCUACAGGACCUACAGGAGACAUAGACCACCUACAGGACCUACAGGACACAAAGACCACCUACAGGACAUACAGGAGACAUAGACCACCUACAGGACAUACAGGAGACAUAGACCACUUACAGGAUGUACAGGAGACAAAGACCACCUACAGGACCUACAGGAGACAUAGACCACCUACAGGACCUACAGGACACAAAGACCACCUACAGGACAUACAGGAGACAUAGACCAUCUACAGGACAUACAGGAGACAUAGACCACCUACAGGACCUACAGGACACAAAGACCACCUACAGGACAUACAGGACACAAAGACCACCUGCAGGACAUACAGGAGACAUAGACCACCUA